AUGCGGUCAGUCGUUUCAGUCCUGCGAAGGACUGCCCCCAUCUGGUCUCCACCCAGCGCGGCAAUUCGCACUCCUCGCGUGGCGCGGAAGCUGGAUUCGAUCUGUGCCAGAUGCCGCCAGCAACAACGGCGUCCAUUCUCACACUCGCGCCGCUGGAGUGAUGGCCUCUCGGUUGAUAAUCCGCCAACGCUGGUACGGACGGGGAACCAGCAUGGACCCGGGCUCAUUCUACUCGCUUUGAUCCCAAUCACAGCCUUCGCCCUGGGCUGCUGGCAAGUGCAGCGACUAGAUUGGAAAACGAAACUCAUUGCCAAAUUCGAAGACCGCCUCGUCAGGCCUCCCCUACCGCUCCCACCACGCGUCGAUCCGGACGCAAUCGCCGACUUCGACUACCGCCGCGUGUACGCCACAGGCCAUCUGCGCCACGACAAGGAAAUGCUGGUUGGGCCGCGCAUACAGGAUGGCGAAGACGGGUUCCUAGUCGUGACACCGCUCGAGCGCGGAGACGGACAAAGCACCGUUCUCGUGAACCGGGGUUGGAUUCCGAGGAAGCUGCAGGACCAGAAGAACCGGCCGCUUGGUUUACCCGAGGGUGAGGUUACCGUCGAGGGAUUGCUACGGGAGCCAUGGAAGAAGAAUAUGUUUACGCCGGAUAAUAAGCCCCAGGAAGGGAAGUUUUACUUCCCGGAUGUGCUUCAGAUGGCGGAAUUCAGUGGCAGCCAGCCGAUUUGGAUUGAGGCGACGAUGGUGCCGGACCUCCUCGAUUCGUAUGAUCGACAGGCCAAAGGAAUUCCCAUUGGACGCGCAGCGGAAGUCAACUUGAGGAACAAUCACUCCCAGUACAUCUUCACAUGGUUCGGUUUAUCACUGGCGACGUCCAUCAUGCUCUGGAUGCUGGUGCGAAAGAAGCCUAAUGAGGCCAUGCGCCGAGUUCGACAGAACCGGAAUUGGUGA